AUGUUGUUACUCAACACGGCCAGCUGCCAAAAAAAGGCCAAGCGUGCUCCACGUCCACGUGCUGAGGAUGCAACGUGUCCACGACCACCACUGUUGGCUGUAGACACAGAGCCUGCUUGCCCUCUUUUAGUGGCCUCUAAACAGAAGAAGAUGACACGUGACAACAGAUUAUCAGAUUUCAGAAAGGAAUACAAAGAGUCUGCGAAAGAGACAUUCCAGUGGAUUCCAGAUUAUAUUUACAGUAUGAGGGUGGCUGUUUCUCUACAGAAAAGUUUCACCAUAGCUUUAAUGAGGAAGGGAACCCUGAAUAAUGAGAUUAAGACUCUCUUUGACCCUGAUGAAGAUGGUUCCACCCCUAACUUUGUGGUGUUGAAAGGACCUGCUGGGAUUGGAAAAACAAUGACCUCCAAGAAGAUCAUGCUGGACUGGGCCUCUGGGGAUCUCUACCAAGACAAGUUUGACUUUGUGUUUUAUCUGAGCUGUAGAGAAAUCAACACCAUCCUUGGAGACAUAAGUCUUGUGGGACUUUUUUCCAGAGCUUGUAGACUACAGAGUUCAGGUGACCUGGUGUCUAUUCUGAAGGAUUCUGAAAGUCAGAGAAAACUUCUCAUCAUAGUUGAUGGGUUUGAUGAACUGAGGUGGACUCUGGAGGAGAAAUCUGAGGGUUGUCCUGACAUUUCUAUGGAAACCCACAAAGAAAUAAUUCUCCAAAGCUUGCUCAGUAGACAGGUUCUCCCACAAUCUUCUCUGAUCAUCACCACAAGGUCACUGGCCAUGUUGAAACUUAACACAUUCAUCGUGGAGUCUCGCAAUGUGGAAAUCUGGGGAUUUACAAGGGAGGAUCAAGAGGAAUAUGUCCAUAAAUUCUAUGGAAAUAAAGAAGAUGCAGACAAGGUUCUCAGUAUAAUAAAAGACAAUAAAGUCCUGUGUAGCAUGUGCGCCGUCCCCAUCACAUGCUGGAUUGUCUGCACUGUAAUGAAACAAGAAAUAAGAAAAGAAUUGUCUUUAAUUCGGUGUGAUACGAUGACCUCAAUUUAUCUUCUCUACCUGGAGGUUUUACUAACCAAUAACACCAAGAAGGAGCCGUCUGUACGCAGGAAACAAACCUGUCUGAAGAAGCUGUGUGCUCUGGCCAAUCAGGGAGUUCUGAACCAACAAAUCUUAUUUGAGAAGAACGAUCUGGAAAGACAUGGACUUUCUCUGGAUGAGGUGGAGUCUGUAUUUCUGAAUGAGAACAUCUUUCAUUGGGACGACCGCUCACAGACCUGCUACAGCUUCAUCCACCUGAGUGUACAGGAGUUCCUUGCUGCUCUCUAUUACGGGAUGGAUGAUUGGUUUGGAUUUAUAAAAGGUAUUUUCCUCCCGAAGAUUUGUAAAGGGAAAUCACUCUCAUCAUUCAGUUCCAAUUUCCGAAAUUUAGAAUUAUCUGCACAAUUCCUGUUUGGUCUCUUAAAUAAAAAUCAGGUGAAGACAUUCUCAGAGAUCACAGGAAUCCCCAUCUCACUCCGAGCCAGAUCCGCAAUAAAAAAAUGGGCUAAGAAGGACAUUUGUCAGGCUUUCUUUAUGAAUUCCAUCUUCUCUCUGUAUGAGACUCAGGAUGAGGACUUCAUUAGGAGCGUCAUGUCUCGUCGUUCAAGUUUAACCCUGUUUGGCUCAGAUACUGCUUACUUGUUGAUGGACAGGGACAGUCACAGAGAUUAUUCCAAGGAGCUGAACUAUUGCUUGAAGACUUUGAAGAGUGAAAGUUUUCAGUCUUUAUGUGUUGGUUCACUCACUCUGGAUCCAGAAUGCCAGAAAAUUCUAUCUUCAUUCCUAUACAGGAGUCAGGAGGUCAGCUUUAGGGAUUGUACUAUUUCCAGUAAAGAUUGUCCAGGAGAGGACAAAGGAAAAGAUGAAGAGUCUUCUUCAGAAGAUAAAAUGAAGCCUGCUGAUCUUUCCUUUCUGAUUAACCCAGAGAGUAAAAUUCAGGACUUAAGUUCCACUGACAGAACCACUGGAAACAAUUCCAGCAGGACCAGGUUCCUUGUAAACCCUGCUUCCACCCAGCUGACCGGCCACGGGCCCGCGCUCCACCUGCCCCGGAAAAAAGCUCCGAAGCCUGUGGACCCCGCAGCAUCCGUGUAUAACUCCAAGUCAAAAUUGCUGACAGGGCCCGUCAUCCAUAAAGCCCUCCCGUUAAACUCCUCCAAAAAUGAGUGCCAUACCCCUUGUUUUGGUUAUUUUCCUGGUAUACUCUCAUGUGUCUGUAUUUAUCUCUGCAGGUUGUAUGGCUGUGGUUUGACUUCCUCCUGCUGCAAUUAUUUCCAUUCCCUUCUUAUCACUAACCGAUCCCUCACCAGAUUGCAUUUAUCAGGGAACAAGCUGCAGGACUCUGGAAUAAAACUUCUAUGUGAGGGGCUCCGACAUCCGGACUGUACUCUGCAGGAGCUGAGGUGAGAAUUAUACUAGUAUAGAUCAUAUAAUAAUUGCAGGACUCUGGAAUAAAACUUCUA